AUGGCACCAGUUGAACGUGUGCGUUACAAAGAAAUAAAAAUAAAAAAGGGUGAAAAAUUCGCUCGAACAAUAAUUAAUUUACUCUCGCCCGAUAUAUUAGAAUUGACAGAACUUUCAAAGUGUCCUGCGUGUUACGGAACUACCGCGUGCGCAAAAAUAUUUGACAGUGAUUUAAAAUUUGAGUUCUAUGAUCUUUUCACGACUUUAUCGCACUUGUUUGCGGCAAAGAAUGUUUUUUAUGCUACUCUAGAGGGCACUAGAGUUGUUCUGAAGAAACUCGCUCAUGAUAAUGAAUUUUAUUUAUUCGAUCGCAUGAUUUGCGAAAGUGAAAAAUUUAAGCAUUUAUGUAUUGACAACAUUAAUAAAAAUAAUGUUGAAAUUUUUGAUGAAGAAUACUAUUUAUCAUUAAUUGCAUCCGAGGUAUCUCUUAAUUUUACCAGUGGAAAUUCUAAAUUAAUUUUGUGUCCAAAUACGGGACACUUGAAAAAUAUUUUAAAUUUAUCAAAAAAUUAUGCGGUUUAUGAAAAUGAACUGAUUAAUUUAUGGACAUUAAUUAAAAUUAAUCCUGAGCCCAUUAUUCUUCAGGCAAGUAAAAUCCUGAAAGCCGAUGAAGGAUGGCCGGUAGCCAAAUUCUACGGCGCUUGUGGCCGAUUAGUAGUAGAAGAAUACGCGGGUCUACCUCUGACAGUUUAUUAUCAGGAAGGAUGGCUACGGCGAGCCAAAAUUGCAAUCAGAUUACUUGAAUCAGCUCAUGAAUUCACAUUCCGUAAUCCAGAAUACUCGUUCUAUCUGACCGAUUUAUUAUCUGAUAACAUUGUCAUUGAUGAAAGCGAUAAUCCAGUGUUCAUUGAUCUGGAGAAUAUAAUUAUUCUGCACCGGAAUAUUCCCACUGAAGAACAACCACAACACUGGAGCUCCAUACAUACCAGUGAUAGCAUUGACUGUGAUAAUUGUUUUUUAUUCUCUCCUAAUGACAUUUGCAGGCAUCACAUAAGCGAUCACAAUUAUUAUUCUGUUUGCCAGUAUAUUUUAUCAAGUAAAUCAAACGAGAAUGGUUUUUUACAUUCUAUACCUUCUGAAAUUAUAAAAAACUACCCGGAAUUGAAAAUCAUGAUCGAUGAAUGUGCAUCGCCUCGAAGAUCAAAUCAUGGUACAAAAAUCUAUGUACAUGAAAAGGCUGCAAUAUCACAAAAAAUAUAA